AAUGCCAAUUCUCUUUCGUUCUCCCCUAUCGAUCCGUUGAUACAACUAUUGCGCCGCCCUAUUUUGACAGGGCUACCCAAAGUGCCGCUCUUAAUAGACCCUGUGAGAAUGGCCAGGCCUUGCAAUAACUGCGGCGGUCCGCGCGCCGAAGACGUUCCUGACGAGAUCGAGUUGUGCGAACAGUGUACCACGAGCAAUGCGCCAAUCGCAUCGUUUGGUCCUCAAGUUGGGUCACCGACUGAACCUAAUACCCUGGUGCCAGCCACUCAGUCUGAUAGUUCCGAGAGAGGUGGUAGUCAUUCCGGACAGGAGAAGGAAGCUGCUGAUCCCGAUGAACCCAUUCUCGUUCCUGAUCCUGGGAGGGUCCCGGUGGGUUGUAGACCUUCCCAGAUUGAAACAGGUACCGGCGCCGCUGAGCCGAUGCCGGCAGCUCAGUCGGACAAGGCUUUGAGGGGUGGCAAUCGUCUUAAGCGCAAAGCGUCGGCAUUAGGUGUCGGAGAACGAGUACUAGCUGCUGAGCCCGAUAAGCGUGUGGAGGGUACUAGUCACAAGGGUACUUCAUAUGUUGAACAAGUGUGGCAAGAUCCUUCUUCGCAUGAGCCAAAAGUCAGCGCACCGGCACCGAAUCCGGCCAAGAAGGUUAAGAUGGAGCCGGCAUGUGGUUCCUGUAGAAAAAACAAGGUUCGAUGUACGCACCGCAAGCCCGUCGUGAACCCAAGAGAAGGUAAGUUCUGUACAAUUAGCCCCAUUACUCUGUACUCGAAGCGCUGCUUAAUUUUGUAUGUCUGCAGAUGCCUUUCAGCCAGAAGCACAGAGACCUAUUCAGCCUAAGGAAAGUGACCAACCUGCACAGGACGAUCCGGAAGAGGAGGCAUCCUCAAAAAGAGAAGGU